AUGAUUCGCAGGGCUGCGCUGUCCGUGGGCCGCCUUGCGGCACUGGGCGUGGGACAUGGCGUCGCCGGGUUGUCUCCCGCGGCCGCCGUGCCCGGCGCGCAGCUGUUCGCGAGGUUCGCGGGCACGCGCACCGAGCACGACACGUUCGGCCCCAUCGAGGUCCCGGCGGACAAGUUGUGGGGCGCGCAGACGCAACGCUCCACGCAGAACUUCAAGAUCGGCGGCCCCACGCAGCGCAUGCCGCUGCCCGUGGUCCGUGCGUUCGGCGUCCUCAAGCGGGCGGUCGCGCGCGUCAACAUGAAGCACGGCCUGGACCCCAAGAUCGGCGAGGCCAUCGUGCAGGCCGCCGGGGAGGUCGCGGACGGGAAGCUGGACGACCACUUCCCGCUGGUGAUCUGGCAGACGGGCUCCGGGACGCAGUCGAACAUGAACAGCAACGAAGUGAUCGCCAACCGCGCGAUUCAGAUCCUGGGCGGCACCGUGGGCGACAAGAGCGUGCACCCGAACGACCACUGCAACCGCAGCCAGUCCUCGAACGACACGUUCCCCACGGUCAUGCACAUCGCGGCGGUGACGGAGCUGACGCACUCUCUGCUGCCCGCGCUGGAGAAGCUGCACGGCGCGCUGGACGCGAAGAGCAAGGAGUUCGCGAAGAUCAUCAAGAUCGGGCGCACGCAUACGCAGGACGCGACGCCGCUGACGCUGGGCCAGGAGUUCGGCGGGUACGCCACGCAGGUGGAGUACGGGAUGGCGCGGGUGCGCGCGGCGAUGCCGCGGCUGUACAUGCUCGCGCAGGGCGGCACGGCGGUCGGCACGGGGCUCAACACGAAGAAGGGCUUCGCGGAGGCGGUGGCCGCGCAGCUGGCGAGCGACACGGGGCUGCCGUUCGUGACUGCGCCGGACAAGUUCGAGGCGCUGGCGGCGCACGACGCGAUCGUGGAGGCGCACGGGGCGCUCAACGUGGUCGCGACGUCGCUGAUGAAGAUCGCGAACGACAUCCGGUUCCUCGGGAGCGGCCCGCGGUGCGGCCUCGGGGAGCUGUCGCUGCCGGAGAACGAGCCCGGGAGCAGCAUCAUGCCGGGCAAGGUCAACCCGACGCAGUGCGAGGCGAUGACGAUGCUAUGCGCGCAGGUCAUGGGCAACAACGUCGCGGUCACCGUCGGCGGCUCCAACGGCCACUUCGAGCUCAACGUGUUCAAACCCAUGAUGGUCGCCAACCUCCUCCAAUCCUGCCGGCUGCUGGCGGACGGGUCUCACUCGUUCGUGGACAACUGCGUCGUUGGGAUCAAGGCGAACGAGAAGCGCAUCGCGCAGCUGCUGAACGAGUCGCUGAUGCUCGUGACGGCGCUCAACCCCCACAUCGGGUACGACAACGCGGCGGCCGCGGCGAAGAAGGCGCACAAGGAGGGCACGACGCUCAAGGAGGCCGCGCUCGCGCUCGGAAAGAUCUCCGGCGAAGACUUUGACAAAUUCGUGCGCCCCGAGCUGAUGAUCGGCCCCAGCGACAAGUGA